AUGGCGGGGCUUUUCCGGAAAGUGUACGACUGGCUGUUGAGGACGUUUUGGGCGACAGAGAUGGAUGUGACGAUGAUCGGUCUCCAAAACGCGGGUAAGACGUCUCUACUCCGCGUCCUUGCAGGCGGCGAGUUCACCAUCGACUCGAUCCCGACGGUCGGAUUCAACAUGAAGCGGGUGCAACGAGGACACGUUACACUGAAAUGUUGGGAUAUUGGUGGCCAGCCCCGGUUUCGAACAAUGUGGGAAAGAUACUGCCGUGGCGUCAACGCUAUCGUCUUCAUCGUCGAUAUCGCUGAUAUGGAUCUGCUGCAGCAAGCCCGGGAGGAGCUUCAUGCUCUCAUGGACCAAGCAUCUCUGAGGGAAAUCCCGCUCCUUGUUUUGGGGAACAAAUCGGACCUCCCACAGAAGUUAUCAGUGGACGAGCUGAUCGAUGCGCUUGACCUCAAGUCCAUAGGCCACCGCGAGGUCUGCUGCUACGGCAUCAGCGCCAAGGAGGAGACCAACUUGGAUGCUGUGCUACAGUGGCUGAUGAAGUGGGCGAACAGGUGA